AUGCCCUCAAAGCAACGUAAAAUUGCAGUCAUGGGCUACAGAUCUGUUGGUAAAUCAUCACUCAGUAUUCAGUUUGUAGAAGGUCAAUUUGUAGAUUCCUAUGACCCCACUAUUGAAAACACAUUCACUAAAUCAACUAGAAUAAACUCCCAAGACUAUGAAUUGAAAUUGGUUGACACAGCUGGACAAGAUGAAUAUUCUAUUUUCCCAUCACAAUAUAGCAUAGAUGUCCAUGGAUAUGUACUGGUGUACAGUAUAACAAGUGCAAAAUCAUUCGAUGUGGUCAAAUCAAUUUAUGAAAAGUUACUGGAUAUUACUGGAAAAGAACAUGUGCCUGUAGUUCUAGUAGGAAAUAAGACGGAUUUACAUAUGGAAAGAACAAUUCUAUAUGAUGAUGGCAGGAGAUUGGCAGAUGAAUGGAAAGCAAUAUUCUUAGAAACAUCUGCCAAACAACAUUCGUCUGUCUCCGAAAUAUUUCACAUCUUACUAACGGAAAUUGAAAAAGCCGAUGGAAACGUCAACGAAAAGGCAAAUUGUACUGUUUGUUAA